GUUUCAAUUACAAGUGCUUGGACUUCAAGGUAAUCCACUCAGCAAGGAAUAUUGGCGUUGUAUGGAGAACCAUCAGGGACUCACAAGCUGCUGUCAUAUAUGCUGGACAAUUUACAAGGUUGUAGCUAGUUUAUGGAGGAUUUGGAAUGGGCACUUGCGGUCAGGACUCUAGAUUUAUCGUGCGUUCAUGCCAGUCGUACACCUCCUCCUCACAAGUUACUGCAAAUCAUCCACCUCAGAGACCAUGGAUACCAUUGACAAGACCGAAUAGAUCGAGACCAACGUGUAUAUUCACAGUAAUGUGUUAUAAUGUGCUGUGUGACAAAUACGCGACAAGACAGAUGUACGGUUAUUGUCCAAGUUGGGCGCUCGAUUGGGAAUAUCGAAAGAAAGGAAUCCUCGACGAAAUACGACAUUAUGCCGCGGAUAUAAUCAGCUUGCAGGAGGUCGAGACGGACCAAUUCUAUAAUUUUUUCCUGCCAGAACUUAAACACGAUGGUUACGAUGGGAUCUUUUCUCCAAAAUCUCGAGCGAAAACAAUGGCGGAGAAUGACCGUAAAUACGUUGACGGCUGCGCUAUAUUUUAUAGGACAGCUAAAUUUACACUGAUAAAAGAGCAUUUAGUCGAAUUUAAUCAAUUGGCAAUGGCGAACGCGGAAGGUUCUGACAAUAUGUUGAAUCGAGUCAUGCCAAAAGAUAAUAUUGGAUUGGCUGCCUUGCUUAGGACCAAGGAGGCUGCUUGGGAUAACGGCCUUCCAUCUGAUCCAGCACAAGUUCAACAACCAAUUUUAGUUUGCACAGCACACAUCCAUUGGGAUCCAGAAUUUUGUGACGUUAAAUUAAUACAAACAAUGAUGCUCAGUAAUGAAUUACGUUCCAUUUUGGACCAAGCUGGCCAGUCUUUCAGACCUGGUCACAAGCCUGAUUCUUCCAAUGUUCAACUAUUACUUUGUGGUGAUUUCAAUUCCUUACCUGAUUCUGGUGUAAUUGAAUUUCUUACUUCGGGACGAGUAGCGGCUGAUCACCGUGAUUUUAAAGACUUAGCUUACAAAUCAUGCUUACAAAAGAUCUCUGGUUGCGAUAAACCUAAUGAAUUUACUCAUUCUUUUAAACUUGCAUCUGCAUAUAGUGAAGAUAUUAUGCCCUAUACUAAUUAUACAUUCGAAUUCAAAGGUAUAAUAGAUUACAUUUUCUACUCGAAACAAAGUAUGGUACCAUUAGGACUUUUAGGUCCUUUAAGUGCAGACUGGUUUAAAGAACAUAAAGUAGUUGGUUGUCCACAUCCACAUGUUCCAUCUGAUCACUUUCCUUUAUUAGUGGAACUUGAAAUGACACCAACAGUAGGAACAAGCAAUGGAUUGAUUUCACGCAGGUAGCAACCGCUGCGAUCUAGGCCCAAGUAACUAUAAGGGAAUAUUAAAUGAUAAUAAAAAAGAAAUCCCCAUCACAUUUUCUCUUACUUCUGGCUCUAGCAAUAUCACUCGCAGUCGACAGUUACUUCAAUAGCGAAUGUUACAAAUACUCCAUAUUACCGCACAUUCAACAAGUUAUUAGAUAUUGAUGAAUACAUAAUUCUAAUGACCAGGUGAAGGGAGGUGUGUUGUAAUGCGUUUAGCCCAUGUAUAGUGUAUUGCAUUUUUAAGAACUUUCCCAUAUUAAGAGUAUUUUAACCUUUACUAUCAUCGUAAUGUAGAUACCUAUUUUCCUACAAAACUAUAUUCCGAUCAAGCCUCUGUGAUAUUCACAUUAACAAUUGGAACAAUUUCACAUAUUUAUUAACAAAUUAGUAUCUACUAGAAAGUCCUUAAUCUCUUCCUAAAUGUCAUUACAACAUUCUCCAAGCCAACUUUUUGAUAAGAAUGCUGCCAUCCAAUGAGAAAUUGUAUUUUUAAACAAAACAAAAACAAAAAAUAUGAAAACACACUAUACUGGGCUGUGCGAAGUGAUUGGAGUUAACUUAACAAUUUCAAUGCAAGUACAAAUCUGUUCUUAUUGGCCACGUAUAUUGAGAAUGAUAAUGUUAUAU